UGGGCUUUGUGCAGAAGCCAGCAGCUCCAGACAAAGGGUCAAGAUGAGGCCCUGUCUCUCCUGCCUGAUGGCCCUUCUGUUGCUCCUCAGCCCGGCUGCAGGAAAUUUGGGGGAUUUGGAGCUCAUGACACCCAGCUCUGACUCCAGCUUCUUCCUGGGCUCUGGCUCCGGCUCCCUCUCCAGCUCUGACUCCCACUCUGGCUCCCAGCCCUUUUCCAAUUUCACCGGCUCCAUGGAUGACCGUGGGACCUGCCAGUGCAAUGUGGCCCUGCCGGACACUACCUUCCCCGUGGUGAGAGUGGAACAGUUGGAAUUCACAGCUCACAUUCUCACCCAGACGUUCGAGACAGAGCUCUCUAAAGUGAGGGAAUAUGUCCAACUAAUCGAAGUAUAUGAAAAGAGAUUCUACAACCUCACUGCCCGAGUAGAGAUCAUGGAAAAGAAUUCCAUUUACUACUCUAAACUAGACUUUGAGCUGAUCAAGAUAGAAGUGAAGGAGAUGGAGAAACUAAUCAUACAGCUGAAGAAGGGUUUUGUUGGGAGCUCAGAAGUUGUUGACCGGCUGGAAGUAGAGAUAAGGAAUAUGACUCUCCUGGUAGAGAAGCUUGAGACACUAGACAAAAACAAUGUCCUGUCUAUUCGACGAGAAAUCCUGGCGCUGAAGAAUAGACUAAAGGAAUGUGAGGCUUCUAAAAGUGAAAAUCCUCCAGCGAUUCUGCCCCCUGCUCCAGGCAACUGCAGCCACGGUGGUGUGGUCAACAUCAGCAAGCCGUUUGUGGUCCAGCUCAACUGGAAAGGGUUUGCGUAUAAGUAUGGUGCCUGGGGUCGGGGUUAUUCUCCCGAGAAUCCAGAUGAGGUACUGUAUUGGGUGGCGCCUUUGAACACAGACGGGAGAUACUUGCAAUAUUACAGACUCUACAAUACGCUGGAUGAUUUGCAGCUGUACACCAAUUACCGAGAGUAUCAGGUAUACUACGGCCAAGGCAGUGGCACGGCAGUGUACAAAAACAACAUGUAUAUCAACUUCUACAACUCCCAGAACAUCGCUAAAGUUAACUUGACUACCAACACGGUGACCGUGAGUCGCGCUCUCCCGGAUGCUGCCUAUAAUAACCGUUUUUCCUAUGCUAACGUUGAAUGGCAAGACAUAGACUUUGCUGUGGAUGAGAAUGGGCUGUGGGUGGUUUAUGCAACUGAAGCCAGUACAGGCAACAUGGUGAUCAGUAAACUCAAUGACACUACACUUGAGGUGAUAGACACUUGGCAGACCAGGCAGUAUAAGCCAUCUGUUUCUAAUUCCUUCAUGGUAUGUGGGGUUCUGUAUGCUACCCGCACACUAAACACCAGAAAAGAAGAGAUUUUUUACUACUUUGACACCAACACAGGGAAAGAGGGCAGCCUAAGCAUUACAAUGUCUAAGAUGCAGGAACGAGUGCAGAGCAUUAACUAUCACCCUUUCGAACAGAAACUUUUUGUCUAUAAUGAUGGCUACCUUCUGUAUUACGAUCUUACCUUCCUGCAGAAACCCCAGUAAACUAUUGAGGUGUCAGGGUGAGAGAGGUCGCUUGUUGACAAAUGAUCUUCUCCACUGAACUUAGUUAUUGGCAGGGGGACCCAGAAGUGUGUUUGUUUAGUAGUCAUAUUUGGGAGCAUGGUUUCACCAUGCUAGAGUUUUAGGAUAUUUGCCCAGGGUUGAUGAGUUCUCUUGGAAGUCAGAUAUGUGCUGAGAUGCAUUUUUCCAACUGAAAUAAGGCCCUUACAGGGUGGGAUUGUCAGAGAUGUAGAGGCAUUAUGGAUCAAAUAGAGCCUACAGUGAAGUGACAUCUGGAAAUUAAGGAAUUGAAGAGAGCUUAGUAAGGCUUUUUGGGAUUGUGUUUGUUCAAGAGAGAGGGCUCAGUGAUGGGUCUCUUCCCUGUAGCCCUACUAAUUCUUCCACGGCUGAAAGGAACCUUGGGCUUAAUUAGGCAGAUUAGUAUCGGAAGCUCCUUAAGUGACCAGAUAUUCAGCUUUGUUUUUCUCACUAGCGCCUGGAACCACAUUUUGUACAUAGCAGAUAUGUAACUUUGGUGUGCUUAUAGCAUACCUGUAAGAUGCUCUGAUUUUUCUGGAGAAAAGCCCUUUUAUACAUUAAAUUUUACACUGCAAAUCAGUCCCAGAUGGAUCUGCAGGUGAGGCACUUGAUCUUUCUUUUCUCCAUUGUCCAUCUAAUAAGAGUCAGUAGAACCCUCCUACCUCAUAACUUCAUUACAAAGUCAGCAUGGAAGAUUAGAACCAGACUUACCAAACUAUUCCCUCCAUCACCUCCUUAUUCCCUGCUUUUCCCCCAGUUAAUGAGUUUUCAGUGGAGCAGAUAUGAGAUAAACAAAACUAAUCUUCUUUUGUCUCAUCAAGAACUUUUAUUUACAUGACUCAAAGAAAACCAAAUGGCAGUGAUAAAAUGGCAUCAUAUCUGAUUAUAUAAUAAAGCUGUUGGAAUGGA